AAGCGGCUCCAUUUCAACGGGAAAUAAAAAUAGAUAUACAAAUACAUAUAAUACUAUCUCGACAUAUAUAUGUUGGAAACACACAGUAAAAAGCAGACAUAAUAUAACUCGAUAGAUAGAUCUAACAUCAUUUUCAGACCAUAAAUAUUCCAUACGAAUCUUAAACCCAAUUACAAAAAGAUUAGAUUUUGAUCAGAUCCCAGAUUCCAAAAUCUCGUUCAGACAAAUGGGUUCUUCUCAAUCUUCACAAGUAGGUGAAGAAGAGGAGGAUGAUGAGGAGGAGGAGGAAGAAGAAGAAUUGUUAGAAGCAGAAGAUGAUAUUGAUGAUGAUGAUGGGAGAAAUGGAUUAAUGGGUGGUGAUGGUGAUAAUCUGGUUAAGAAGGUUCUGGAACAAGAACCUGAAAUGUUACCUUGUCAUUCCUCAGCAUCUCCUUUGUCUCCCCAGCUAUCUGCAUUUGGGACUCCUAGGAUGGGCCCUUCUAUUAAGGUUUGGGACCCUUAUAAUGUGUUGGCCCCACCUCCUGCUUUGCCUCCUCCUCCCCAUUUUUCCAGGGCUUUUAGUGCCGCGGAUGUGGUGGAGGAUGAUCGCACGGUCACUGAGGUGUUUUUGAUUUCUCAUGGUGAGUGUCAUAUGAAUUUAAGGCCUGAUUUGGUGCCUGGAAGGUGUCCUGAGGCUGCGUUGACGCCUAAUGGCAAGAGGCAAGCCAGGGCGUUGGCUGUCUUUUUGAAAUCACAGGGGGUGAGGUUUAAUGCUGUUUAUGCUUCUCCCUUGGAUCGGGCACGAUUGACGGCUAUAGCUGUUUGCCAGGAGAUAAACUUUAUGGAUGAACAAAUACAAUCUUCAGAGGCACUUAUUGACAUGAGCCAAGGACUUUGGGAGGGUUGUCAACGGUCAGAAGUACACACACGUGAGAUGUUGAGCUUAAUGGAUAGGUUCCAGCCUGAUUUCUCUGCACCUUCAGGAGAAUCACUUAGACAGGUGGAAUUCAGAAUGAUACAGUUCUUAAGUGGAACAAUUGUGGGAUUACCUGAGAAACUAAGAUCUGAUUUCUCUCCACCAGAUCCAGUUGAGAAUCCUAGUUUCCUUCAACAUAAUCCUCAAGCUCCCAAUCAUAUUAUCCAUGAUCAAGUUGGGCCUUCUCUUCCAUCACCUCACUGGGACUUGCUACACAAACCCCGAAAAGUCCCUCCUAGGAAAAAGUCUGGUAAGAGCAGACUUCAGAUUGUUACCGGAACUGGAGACAACGAGGCUGAUGAUGAGAUGACCCCUCGAGAACCAAAUCACCAAGCCCCAUCACGCGAAUUGAAUGUCCGAACCACUCCAUUUACCUUGACCUCUCCUGCUUUCACAUCCUGUUCUGUGGGCGUUUUUACACAUUCAGUGCCGAUUAAAUGCCUUCUCACAGGUCUCUUAGGUUGCAGUCCUGUAAUGUCAAAUAAAAUCUGCAUAGAUGAUUCUUCUGUUACUGUUCUGCAACAUUCAUGGAAAACGGGGUGGCAGAUAAAAAGAAUGAACGACACUGCCCACCUCAGACUUCUCUAGCAAGUACACAGCUUACUACCAUUGAAUACUACAGAUGAGAUUUUGAAUAAUUAAUUGUUUUGAGGUAAUGGAAUUGAGCAUAUAUUUAUUGAUUGGAAUUGCCCUGCAACUUAUUUAAGGUAGUGAUACGUUUUCCACUUAUAACUUUUGUUUUAUUUAUUUCAAGAUUACUACAGUAUCUUUCAAGUACGGAAAGGAAACAUGAAUAUGAUGCCCAGGGAUUUUCCAACGUAUUGUAGCAUUUUCUUUCUUUCUUUGAUACAGUAAUCAAUUGGCAAUUAUUCAGUA